AGCGCAAUUAUUUUGUUGUUCUGAGAUAGAGAGACGGUGUUCAGGUUUUUCUCCCAUUUAUUCCGUGUAAAAUGGUGACAUUUGUACUGGUCAAAUCAUUGCUCCACGAAAAGAUCUCAACUCUGAAGAAAAAGAAAGGAUCGGUACCGAGACCUAUAUCAAAAACAGAAACAGAGACGAACAAAAAAAAAAAAACACAACGAAACGAACUCACUUUGUUUUCAUGGCUUUCAGUUGUUUGUUGAAUCGAAUGCGAUUUUUUGUGUGUGAGUUAGUGAGUGUGCUACCGAGUAAAUAUUGACAAACAUAAACCUAAAGUUGGAUCUACAAGUGUCUGAGUAUAGUUUUGGUUUUGUAAAUACGACACACUUUGUUUCUUCUUCUGUGAUUCACACAUAUUUCGGUGUUGUUUUUCUCCGCUUGUUACUUAACAUUGUGAUGGAGUUGAAAUUAUUAUAUAAAAAGAAAUGGUGAACAAGUGUACAAAAAAAGUCCAAAAAUAUAUACGAUUUUGAUUUCGAUGGAAUUUUGACCGUUUUAGUGCAUUGUGACCUCUUCAGUUAGCGUGUGUGGGCUUCGCGAUUCUAGUCCGAAUCAUAAAAGCGAUGGUAUUUUUUUUUUGCCCCACAGACUUGUUUGCAAUGAAAUUCCCACACAUUGCCAUUCAUUCGAUGUGAGCGCGUUAAGUAUCAAUGCAAGCUGUUCUCUCUCGCUACUUCAGAUUAGGUCAUCAUUUUGACGCAAACAGAAAAAAUAUGUUUCAUUCGUUCGCUAUUUUAUAUUUCGUCAAAUUGUUACUCUCGUUUUGUGAGCGCAUGAUUUCCUUUGAUGGUUCAUUCUUUUCAUUUUUUUUUUUUCGGUAAAAGAAGAAGCAAAAACAUGACCCUUCUUUCUUAUAAAAGCCAAAAAUUUGCCUCUUUCUCUCUUUCUCGAUCACGAUCUCAAUCUCUCUUUGCUGCUGCCCAGAUCUCGAAAGUUAAAUGAAAACCAAAAAAAAUAUACAAGUUUCAUUAUUUCGGGAACGAUGCUUUGUUCAUUCGUUACAAUCUUGUGCUAUUUCCAACCGAAACCCGUCUCUUGACAAUUGAAUCUCUCUACCACAACACAGGUGUAAUUUAAUCCGUUCCAAACAACAACAACAGCACAAGCCCAUUCAAUUUAUUUUCCUCGCUUCGAAUUGAAUAUCUGUUUGUAAUUAAUUUUUUUUUUCCUUCAUUCGCUGUAUACAUACAGCACAGCAGAAUAUUGGUUUUCAAAACCAGAUCCGUACAGAAAAAGAAGGAAGAAAAAAAAACGCGCUACAACGACAAAGAAGGGGGAAAAAGAGACGAAGCAUCGUUAGUUACUUGUUAUUCCACACACGAGAUCAUGAUUGUUGGCUUGCAUUUUAUUGAAAUAAAAUGUCACCACUACUUAAAUGAAGCAACGAAUGACUCUCCGCGAUGAUUUCAUGUAAUUGACAGCGUAUGAUUUCAUUAGCAAUAUUGUUCACAGCUUCACAAAUCAUAUAACAUAUAACACUAUCAACUUUACGACAUUCGAUGAACAUAAACACAUGUAAUGCAGUCAUUUGUUUGGGCUGAUAGAAAUGCAAAUGAGACCUUUUCAUACGUUUCAUUUUAUUUCAAACAUAGUUUUUUCUAUUUAUGUCUAUCGACAAAUGCAAAUCACAAAAAUACACAAUAUUAAAUGGAAAGAAAUAAUAAUGCCUGCACAACAGAAAAGCAGCAGCAGCAGCAGCAUGAACACAUUCUCAAGAACAUUGACGAGGGAGAGAAUUUCUAGUGUGAUAACAAACGUUUGAUGGUGAUUAUGACAACAUGAGUCAGCAGCGGCAAUAAAGAAAAUUACAUAUUCAAAUCAAAAACUCGAUUUUUCGACAAAUUCCAAACAAAAACAUACACAACAAAAAUGCCGAAAGUCCAUGAACGAUCUGUUAAAAAAUUAAAAAACGGCCACUAUGUUGCGAAUGUUGCGACACGUGGUGCCGAUACCGUCGAUUAUUCGCAUUCGAAUCGGGGCUAUUGGACAGAUGGUGAAGAAAGUCAACGAGCUCCAUCGGAGCGCACAUUAUCCGAGUAUACAACGGCCAAUGAGCGAAAUACAUCACCUCCACACGUUCAUCGCGACAAGUAUCGAGGUGAAUUGAAUUCUGGCCCUAAAAACUUGGGUCCUACAUAUGGACCACCGACACGGGUUCCACCAAGAGCACCAUCAGCGAUGAGCUACGAACAUGGCGGUGACACUGGCAGUGAUAUUUAUGUUACAUCUGCGGCGUACAAUUAUAAAAAUACACCUUCAGAAUAUAGUCGAUACACACAUCGAUCACAUGCGCAGGGUCCUCGAAGCUUGUAUUCAGUUGCAAGUUCAGCGAAAACCGGCCGCAGUAAUCGGUCACGACGAGCCGGUGCACGAAUCGAGGCAAUGUCAGCACCUAAUCCCUUUUGUCCCAACGUUAAGGGCGUUUGCUGUCUGAUGUUACUACUUAAUUUGGGUUUAAUUUUAGUGACACUCGGUUUUGUUAUCGUUAUACAAUUUAUCGAGCCGCUGUUUGUUUGGAUACUUGGGCUAAUCUUCCUAAUUUUCGGAUUUGCAACGUUGAUUGGUAGCAUGAUCUAUUGUGUGAUUGUUUGUCGAGAUGCCAAAACGCCAGCACAGCUUCGAAAUGAAGAUUUGUACUGGACCAAAUAUUGGCAAAAAAACAUUGGCUACACUCCACAUGAAAUCAACUAUAAAGCUGAUCGGUACAAUGACGCAUACUCCGACCGGUAUUCAGUCAGUAAAAUAAGUGGAAAAUAUUCGGACCGGGAAAGUAAUCGAUACUAAAGAAGGACACAACACACCGUCGACACACUGCCCAAAUAGGAAGCAUUAAGCAAUUUAACCAACACAGAUACACACCCACACAAUAACGCUUAUGGCUUCAAGAAAAAGAAAAACAACAACAAGAAAAACAUGGUGUCGCGAUUAUUCUUUCAAUAGAUUUGCGUAAUAUGCGUAUAAAUCAACUAAAUUAUUAACAAUGACAAUGACAAUUAACUGUUCCGUUUAUGCGACUCACUCGACCGUAACUGAUUGAAAAUGUUGGCCAUGCGAUGAUGUAUUUUUUGUCAUAGAGUCAAAUUUAAACUCAAUUUAAAAUCCGACAUAAAUCCAAUAGAUAUAUCAAUGCGAAUUAAGGUAAAUCAAGUUCGUGAUGUAUUUUAGAUUAAUCAUCGUUUUUUAUUCGAUUUUCUCAAUUUUUAACAAAAUUGUGUGAUCGCCACCCGAAUACACUAACUUCAAUUUAACUCUAACGGGGGAAAUACGUUUCUGCCUUGUUUUGGUGCUGCUACGGAUGUUCUCAUGAUAAUUCCAUCUUAACUCACCCUCCCCACAGAGAGAUAAUUCGUUGGACAACUGAUGAAACAAGAAAAUGCAUCCAAAUAAUUCCGAGUUAUUCUCAUUUUUGCAAUACUGAAAUACAAAAUAUGUUAAACAGUUUAUUUGUUUAUUUAUAUUUUUUUUUUUAUAAAAUAUGUGUAAAUAAAUGCAAACAAGACCGUGCUUUUUUGAUUAGCGUCUGAUCGUGAUCACUGUGACGAUUUGAAUACUCAUAACUCAGACGCAUUGCAAAAUACCAAAUAGAAUCAACCAUACUUUGAAAGUAUGACUUUCAGUGAAGUGACACGUUUAGUUCUGACCACGCAAAUAGGCAACACGUUUGCAUAACUUUUUAAAAUUUCGAUUAAAUUAUAUUUAAUUUGAGAGGAAAUUAAGAACAAUACAAACAUGAAAAUAAUAAUAAUAAAUACAUUUUAAACCAA